GGCAUAGAUGGGGUUCUUCCGCGUUUCAAGCCCUUCAAGUAUGCCUACGAAAAAGAAAUUGUCAUGUAUGCACAUGCUCGUAAACUGGACUACUUCUCUACAGAGUGCAAAUAUGCACCAAAUGCUUACAGACAUAAUAAACUCUGGCGAGCAGAUGGCUAUCCGUCAAGGAACCAAAAUGCCAACUCAAGCCAGAAGUAUUGCCAAGCGUGCGUUCUUCUGAAGAGCCUCAACGACGGCUUGCCAACCACUUCAGUUGGUGUAGAAGGCCAGCGGACGAGGAUGGUGGCUUCUGAAAUCCCCGCAACGGAUUCCGGACCGACGGACAUGGGUGAUAAUUCUGUCUGCAAUCCAGACUGUGAAUGCCUUCGAACCCAUUAA